CACAAUAAGUGAUUAGUUAGUAUCCAAUGUGCUGCAAACAUGUUAUGUAAAUAUGUGUGCUUGAUAUUGUUCUCAACGCCACAUUCGCAGUGCGCAAACAUUCUAGCCUUAGUUCCUACUACAUCGUACAGUCAUCAGAUAGCCUACGCACCUCUAUGGAAAGCUUUGUCCCUUAAUGGACACAACGUUACUUUGUUAACGCCGAAUCCAAUGAAUAAUCCCAAAUUAACCAACCUGACUGAGAUCAGCAUGAAUUGGGCCUACCAGUUUGUUGCCAAUUUGAGCUAUAAAACAGAAUUCGAGAUAACAAUGUGGAACUUCCACACCACUCUCUCCACUGGAAUGGAUUUUCUUUGCGACAAAGUACUAUCUUCACAUGUAGGCCAGGAUCUGUUACAUAAUGAACAUAAUUUUGACCUGGUAUUCGUGGAGAAUGUGUGUCCAGAGCUUUUAGGCUUUGCUGAAAUAUAUAAUUGCCCGAAAGUUCUAAUCGCCACAAUGAGUUUGUCUUCGAUAUUUUACAAUAUUCUUGGGGACUUUGCUCAUCCCAUUUCACAUCCUGAGUUCGUGGUGUCCUUCCAAGGGCAGUUAAGUUUUCGGGAAAGAUUAAUAAGUACAAUCGUUACGUUGUAUUUGCACUAUACUUUCGCUUACAUCCUUUUUCCCAAGAAGCAAAAAAUGCUGCAAACAUAUUUUAAUAACACAUCUACCAUUCCGGAGCUUAUUAGAAGUAUAGAUAUGUUGUUUCUAAAUGAAAAUCCACAUCUUCAUGGACCAAGGCCCACUGGUCCAGCUACUAUUACCAUUGGGGGUCACAGAGACGAUUUAUCACUAGAAUCAUUACCAACGGUACUAUGGAAAUUUGAGACCAAAAUCAUUAAUUUACCCGAAAAUAUCAGAACAGCGAAAUGGUUACCUCAACAGAAAAUUUUAAAUCAUCCCAAUUUGAAAUUAUUUAUAUGCCAAGGAGGCCUUCAGUCGAUAGAAGAAGCUAUUUAUGGUGAAGUACCCUUUGUGAUAAUACCAUUUAUUGCUGACCAGUUUCAAAAUGCAAAAAUGUUGGAAAACAAAGAUAUCGCUAUUGUUCUGGAUAGAAAAACUUUAACCAAAAAUGUUUUAAAUAAUGCUAUUAUGAAAGUAAUGAAUGACACAAAUUAUUAUGAAGGAGUCAAGAAAUUAAAGAAACUAAUUUUGGAUGAACCCAUGACUGGUUUACAGAAGGCUGUGUGGUGGACAGAAUAUAUCAUUAGAAAUAAAGGCGCCAAGCAUUUGAAGAAUCCAGCAGCGAGUAUACCACUCUAUCAGUAUUAUCUGUUAGACGUUAUAGGAAUGCUAAUGCUAAUAGUUACACUAAUCAUUACAGCUUUAGUGCUGGCACUAAAGAAGAUAUCCAAGUUGCUUUGUAGGUUUCACCAUAGAAAGCAAAAGUAG